UGUGUGUGUGUGUGGGCGGGCUGAUUUGCUGUGAUGGACGCUGGCAUCCUUGAUUGAUUGGGCCCUGCCUUCAGGCUAAGGCAGAGAUGGUCUUUGCUGUAGUCUGGUCCCGUAUAUUUAAUCACGUGGAUUAGCCACUGAAUAUGCCUUAUACGCAAUCGAUGAGCUGUAUGAAGCGUUACAAUGCAUCAUCAUGGCUGUUAUUGUAAUCAUACUGCGCUUGUUAGGUUUCCAAUUAUCUGAUUGUGAAUGGCUCCGACAGAAGCGUUUUGAAUGUGUUGCUCAUAUUUUCUUGAGACCCUAAUUUAAAGUAACAGCUUUGGAUGUAUCACAGGUAGUUUCUUAUAAUUACUUUGAACAGUGACGCUUACCUUAAACCACCAACAGAUGGCGACAGGCACACAGUGUCCACUCCUGUGUGUUUACUGAAGCCAGCUUUUGCCUCAGCGCAGCGCUGUCAGGCUGUCUUAGUUGACAAGUAUCAGAAAACACGUUUAGUAGAGGCUGUAUUUUACGUUACAACCCGUGAAGAGUGUCAUCAUCAAACACCCAACGCUUCUUCCCUCUUCACAGUUGUCAGCUAGCGUUGCAUAACACUUUUUUUUGUCAUUUGCAAAUGGGAUUAACAGUAUAGCAGACUGGGAGGAGCCACACGCAUGCUGGGAAUGUCAUGAAUAAACUGUGUGCAGCUGAAAUACGUGCACUUGUUUUGUCACUCCAGGUUAGAAGCGGAUUCAGAUCAAACAAACUGCCAUAUAAGCUACUCCACAUGUUGCUAUACUAAUCAUGUCAUAAAAAUACACUCGAGUCGUGCUCUUUGCUCUCUCCCUGUCAGCACAGCCACACUGAAAUGUAGCCGCAACCAGCCCAUACACCUCAUCAGCUUUCAUUUCAUCACAUUUUAAGUGCAGCCGCAUGCCCUGUUAUUUAGCGGGUCCAUGUGUGUUUUGUUGAAUUAAAAAAAUAUAUAUACAUUAUCUACUUUGGUUUCUUUUUAACCUUUGUGAGGGUUAUUAAAAGUAAACCCCAUGAAAAGACUGUAAUGACCCUUAAGAGACUGUAGUCAGUGUGCGAGUCAGCAGUGACGGUAACCUUUAAAAUUAUCAUGCUGCUGUGCUCAUUAGUGAGUCAAGUUAACUUAAAGCUAAUUCUGAGCUCCCGUUGUAAUAAUAAGGUGGUGAGUUUGCAGUACUGGGAAGGCCCAUCUUUGUAAAUUUAUAAUAAGAUUAGUGUAGUUUGGUGCGAGGGGGACGCUGGCACUCUCCUCCUGCUGAAUGCGCCAGACAGCAGUGGGGCUCCAGUUGGCUGUGUGCGCUCAGACGCACAGACGCAAGCAUCGCACUGGCUGGAGUUGGAGGACACUCGCCCGUCUCGCCUCCACCGCUGCUCUGAUCCCUUGUCUUUUGUCUCCCUGCGGUGAGAAGACCACCCGCACGGGAGAGGAAGAGAGAAAAGAGACUCUUCUUUUUGUGUACAGACUACGAAGAGUCGGAGAAACUGCAGAAUCGGGAGCUGGACACUUUUUGAAGGGGAAAUAAUUUCUCGCAUGAGGCGAGCUGGAUUUUGUUCUGUACAGCGUUGCGCACACUGCUGCGUCUUUUCAAUGGAUUUCAAUACAGUGGAAGUACCCUGGGAAUUAAACUGCUGUUAAGACGCUUUCAGUUAGCAAAUUUCCAACAAAGGUUUAUGUUUCACAUGGAGAGAAAGACGAUGAUCCUCGCAGUAUUCUAUGUCCUUCUGCCUCUUUUAGAUGUGUUGUCUUAUGCCGAGGAGAACUUGCGUGCUGGGGCCACCCGGCCGGACUGUGUGAGGGCCAGUGAGCACUGUCUGAAGGAGCAGGCGUGCAGCACCAAGUACCGCACGAUGAGGCAGUGCGUGGCCGGCGGCAAGGAGAGCAACUUCAGUAUGGUGGCCGGCCUGGAGGCCAAGGACGAGUGCCGGAGCGCCAUGGACGCGCUCAAACAGAGUCCUCUGUACAACUGCCGGUGUAAAAGGGGCAUGAAGAAAGAGAAGAACUGCCUGCGCAUUUACUGGGGCAUCUAUCAGACAUUGCAAGGUAAUGAUUUCUUGGAGGAUUCUCCGUAUGAGCCUGUGAACAGCCGCCUGUCUGACAUUUUCCGGUUGGCUCCCAUCAUAGAGGGUGGGGAACCUUGGAGCAACUCUGCCACUUCACCUCCAGGCAGGAGGGGCACCCAGGGAAGGGUAUCCCAUGGCAGAGAGCCCGCUCUGGGCAGAGGGAGCCCCUCCUCUACGGAACUUCAGGAUCCUAGUAGAAACAGGAGAGCUCAUCCCAAUUGGGCCAUACUGGGUGAGAUUCCAGUGGCCAGAGAGAAUAACUGCCUGAAUGCUGCCAAGGCCUGCAACUUGAAUGACACAUGUAAGAAGUACCGCUCGGCCUACAUCAGCCCCUGCACCAGCCGCGUCUCCACCGCUGAAGUCUGCAACAAGAGGAAGUGCCACAAGGCCCUGCGGCAGUUCUUUGACAAGGUUCCUCCAAAGCACAGCUAUGGCAUGCUGUUCUGCUCGUGUCCGCUGAGCGAUCAGACGGCGUGUUCCGAACGCAGGCGUCAGACCAUCGUCCCUGUCUGCUCGUACGAAGAGAAACAGAAACCCAACUGUCUCGAACUGCAGGCCUCCUGCAAGACCAACUACAUCUGCAGGUCACGACUGGCUGAUUUCUUUGUCAACUGCCAGCCGGAGCCUCGCUCGCUGUCAGGCUGUCUGAAGGAGAACUACGCAGACUGCCUCCUCGCAUACUCGGGUCUGAUUGGUACCGUGAUGACUCCCAACUACCUGCGCUCGCCCAAGAUCAGCGUCUCUCCGUAUUGCGACUGCAGCAACAGUGGCAACAACAAGGACGAGUGUGACAAGUUCACCGAGUUUUUCACAGAGAACACCUGCCUCCGAAACGCUAUUCAGGCCUUUGGGAAUGGGACAGAUGUGGGAGUGUGGCAGCCGAUGUCCCCUGUCCAGACCACCACAUCCACCACCACCCCCUACCAAAGGAGCCGUGAACGCAACCCCAACACCAUCGACAACCACAUCAACACAGACCCUGGCAUCUACCACUUCUGUGGCAGCCUACAGGCUCAGAAAUUGAAGUCAAACUCAACUGUUGACGGCGUCUUUUGUGUGGACCCUCAGAUAGAUGGUCCGAGUACGUCCAACGCCAUCCUGAGAAACGCAGCUGUCUCCAGAUGGCCUGCAGGCCUGGCCUCUCUGCUGCCCCCGCUGCUCUGGCUGUGGUACUGCAGCCUGCUGGCGCUCUCCUCGCUGGGCGUCUUGUAGCCCUGCUGCUCCACAGCAACAAACCACAACGGACUGACAGACACACAUUUGUAUAAAAGAAAAAGCAAAGCAAGAAGUUACAUCCUUUCUUCUCAGUAAUACCUGUUGUACUUUUAUUUCCCUCUGGAUUCUAUCUCUGUUUUGAUUCCUACCUUAAAUUUUUUUAGGAAUUUUUGGGAAGUUUAAUUGUUUGUUUUUUUGCAUUGCAGCUGUGUGCUAAACCAGUGAUCUGCUAUAUGUGCUAACUCAGUUUGGCUGUGUGUUCCCUUUGGGUUAAAAAACAAAAA